GCGGCGGCGCAGCGCGGCGGCGGCGGGACAUGGCGGGCACGGCGCUCAAGAGGCUGAUGGCCGAGUACAAACCUUGUAUCCUUGUAAAGUGUUGGCUCGAGUGACACGGUAACCCUUCUGUUUUGCCUUCGUAGAGUUAACGCUGAAUCCUCCUGAAGGGAUUGUGGCAGGCCCCAUGAAUGAAGAGAAUUUUUUUGAGUGGGAGGCAUUGAUCAUGGGCCCUGAAGACACCUGCUUUGAGUUUGGAGUUUUUCCUGCCGUCCUGAGUUUCCCGCUCGACUACCCGCUGAGCCCUCCCAAGAUGAGGUUCACCUGUGAGAUGUUCCACCCCAACAUCUACCCUGAUGGGAGAGUGUGCAUCUCCAUCCUGCACGCGCCUGGCGACGACCCCAUGGGCUACGAGAGCAGUGCUGAGAGGUGGAGCCCGGUGCAGAGUGUGGAGAAGAUCCUGCUGUCGGUGGUCAGCAUGCUGGCAGAGCCCAACGAUGAAAGUGGAGCUAACGUGGAUGCUUCCAAAAUGUGGCGGGAUGACCGCGAGCAGUUCUACAGGAUUGCCAAGCAGAUUGUGCAGAAGUCUCUGGGGCUCUGAGGCACGCCCCCCGCACGCACACAGACACGCAGGCCCUGUGGAGCAGUCCAGCGCUUUGCUCCAGUACCACGCCGGCACCCGAGCGGGCAGCCUGCAGAGCCACAGCACCUGUCGCUUCCUCCCCUCCCACCCCGAGCAGGCUUUUCUUCUGCUGUGUGACUUGUGUAGAGUAAUGGCACAGAGCAUGCUGCAGUUCACAGUGUUCCUCCUUGAGGGCUUCGGGUCGGUCAUCCAGGCCCCAUCGCUACCUCUCCCAGCCACGCCAGCACCGGCUCUGGCUCCGGCUCCGGCUCCCUCCCAGCCGCAGGACGGCUGGUUCCCGGCUCCUCGCGCCCCUGAGACUCGACUCCUUCCUCCGAGAGCUGCAGAUUUAGGUCAUGCACUCAGUGACAACGAUGCUCCUUUUAAGACUACUUGGGGCUGGGCCUGGAGCAGCAGGCGGGGCCUCAGGCUCUGGGGGCCCCCGGUGCCCCACAAGGCCUUUCUUAUUUUGUGGUUUACUAGCAGCCUGGUGAGAGCGCUGUGCAGAUGACCGACUGUCACACUAGGAUUUUUGGGAGAUGCUUUGCGGGCAGCUGGUGAGGAAUGGGGCCAGAAGGCUGUCGCUGCCGUUCUGGCUGGAUGUUGGGAGCUUGCCACUUCAGUUACCGGUGCUCCAGCAGAGAGGCCUGGGAGCCUUCUGCAGACCAGGGGGCCUGUACCUGGGUGCUGUGCCCUGGGGUUGCACAGGGUGGAGCCCUGGGCACAGUCACCCUUCGUGCAGUGGGUGGGAUUCACUGCUGUUGCUCAGCAUGGAUAACUGGCCCUGGCGAGAUAGUGGCCGUGGCCUGGGCCCCAGGCUGGGGAAGCUCUUGGGGAGGCUGUGAUGUUGAUGGGUGUCCAGCAGCAGACUCCAGAAUCCCACGGGCAACACAGACCUUUCACGCGCACGCACAGACACCUGGCCCUUUCCAAACAGGUUAUGUGAAAUGGUGUGGCAUAGUCCGAGACAGGCAAUAUGUUUUCUUCCACAGAACCUUUUUUCCUUCUUUUUGCUAAUGUGGCUAGUUAGGCAGUCACCUUUUAUACCAAAACCUCACAUUUCAUGGUGUUAAUUCUUGGUUCAGGGCUCCAUAUUCAGUUUUUCAGAAGAGAAGUUCAGCAUGACUGAUGUUUGGAAGGGUAGAGAGCAGAGGCAUUGAACCAGAAUAGUAUUUGCAGGUACAAACAAGAUGCCCUCUCUGUAAAGUAGAACGGCUGGUGUUGGCCAUGUGUGCAGGCUGACCAUGGGCACGCGCCUGCAGGUCAGCACCUCUGCCGUGUGUGUGUGACCACGGGCACGCGCCUGCAGGCCAGCACCUCUGCCGUGUGUGUGUGACCACGGGCACGCGCCUGCAGGUCAGCACCUCUGCCGUGUGUGUGUGUCCACGGGCACGCGCCUGCAGGUCAGCACCUCUGCCGUGUGUGUGUCCACGGGCACGCGCCUGCAGGUCAGCACCUCUGCCGUGUGUGUGUGUCCACGGGCACGCGCCUGCAGGUCAGCACCUCUGCCGUGUGUGUGUGACCACGGGCACGCGCCUGCAGGUCAGCACCUCUGCCGUGUGUGUGUGACCACGGGCACGCGCCUGCAGGUCAGCACCUCUGCCGUGUGUCCACGGGCACGCGCCUGCAGGUCAGCACCUCUGCCGUGUGUGUGUGUCCACGGGCACGCGCCUGCAGGUCAGCACCUCUGCCGUGUGUGUGUGUGUGUGUGUCCACGGGCACGCGCCUGCAGGUCAGCACCUCUGCCGUGUGUCCACGGGCACGCGCCUGCAGGUCAGCACCUCUGCCGUGUGUGUGUGUCCACGGGCACGCGCCUGCAGGUCAGCACCUCUGCCGUGUGUGUGUGUGUGUGUGUCCACGGGCACGCGCCUGCAGGUCAGCACCUCUGCCGUGUGUCCACGGGCACGCGCCUGCAGGUCAGCACCUCUGCCGUGUGUCCACGGGCACGCGCCUGCAGGUCAGCACCUCUGCCGUGUGUGUGUGACCACGGGCACGCGCCUGCAGGUCAGCACCUCUGCCGUGUGUGUGUGACCACGGGCACGCGCCUGCAGGUCAGCACCUCUGCCGUGUGUGUGUGUCCACGGGCACGCGCCUGCAGGUCAGCACCUCUGCCGUGUGUCCACGGGCACGCGCCUGCAGGUCAGCACCUCUGCCGUGUGUGUGUGUGUGUCCACGGGCACGCGCCUGCAGGUCAGCACCUCUGCCGUGUGUCCACGGGCACGCGCCUGCAGGCCUCCCAUGAGGUGGAGGAGGCAAGGUGGGCUCCACAAAGCCAAGUAUUUUUACUCAUUUGUAUUUAUUAAAUGAAAAGCUCUAGAGUACCUCUCUUCUGUGGUGGAAGUGAAUUACUGUAUCAAAAAAUAAACUUGUGCAUUUCCCCUCAGCA